AUGAAGGUAAAUUUUGAGAAAAUGUUUCACAUUUUGCUCUCCCUGUUGAUGGACAGUUUGGGUACAGAAUUCCAGGUUGAAAAUGACUCCCCUCUAAAACCUUUGAAAGCACUGAUAAGAGUUUUUCUUUGCUCUCUAGGAUUGCUGGUGAGAAACCCAUACCAACAGAUUAUCAAUCUGUUUUUAGAUGACCUGUUAUCUUUCACCACUGGAAGCUUUUGGCUUUGUCAUGCUAAAUUCACAACAACAGGUCUCAUUGUUAUUAAAAUAAUUCCACCAAUUUUGCUAGGCAUACCCUGUUCACUAGAACCUGUGAAUAUGUUAUCUUACAAGGCAAAAGGGAUUUGGCAAAUGUGA